GCGAAAGUUUGAGGAGGAGUCUAAACUACUUACGAAAAUGACAACCAGGAGGAGCGAACUAAAAAGACCAAGUUAAAGACAGAAUAAAAUUUCAGAGCCAUUCCUGAGUUCACGAUGCUUUGUUUAAGACAGUGAGUGAUCACUAACAAGCGCCCUGUCCUCACCAUCACAAAAUGGCAGUAAACCCUGGACAAGGAAAGGAACUAUUGUCAGCUCAAAAACAUCUUCACAAUCAGUGUGAGAGAAUAUGGACGGAAAUCAAUCAGAUUCACGUUGGCCUCUCAAAAGAACAACCGUUGGGAAGUCUAGGUGCUGCAGAAAAUCAAAUGCUGGAAGUGAGCAAAGCAAAGGAGAAACAACUGACAGGGGAGAUUCACGCUUUGCAAAAUGCACCAAUAGAAGCCUAUCCAAAUGACCCCACAACUCUCAGGGCUAUUCUACAGCGAGAGUUGGAGACUUCAGUAGUUCAGCUGGAACAGACGCUUGGUGUCGUACAAACACAGAGGAAAGAGCUGGAGGAAGAAUUGAACAGGGAGAAACUGUUGCUGGAACAACACAAGGAGGUUCAGCAAAGUCUUCAAGAGAAACUUGAAGAAGCCAAGGGCAUGGCCUUACAACAACAUAACAGUGAUAAAGGUCUGAAGGAGUUAUCAAAGAAGAGACUCCGUGCAUUGGAGCUGCAGCAAGACUUGAUGCGCAGAUUGGCACACUUUGCCACUAAGCACUUUCCGCUACCCUCACUGGCAGAUGUCAACAAAACAAGUAAAAGGAGACGAAGCUCUGCAGAGUCAGAUGACGAGCAGCAUCGCUACAUAUCACUCCUCGAAAUAUUAGAGGUUCUGAUGAAUAAGUGCACAGAUGAUGAGCCGGAUCCCUACAUCACACUGGAUGAGUCUUUCUGGCCGCCAUACAUCGAGCUUCUGCUGAGAUGUGGCAUUGCACUGCGCCACCCGCAGGCCUGCCAACGCAUCCGAUUGGUCCCGUUUCACCUCUGAUCUCUAUGAAUAAACAUCGGAGGUGUGACUGGUCAGAGAUUUGUAAGUUGUUAGGCUGAGUACUCUGGGAUCGUGUUUUCUCUUCUCAGAUUCGCUCAUCAUAAAGACAUCAUCGACACAUCCGAUUGGUCCCGUUUCACCUCUGACCGCUAUGAAUAAACAUUAAAGAUCAUGAUGUGACUGGUCAGAGAAUUAUAAGUUGUUAUGAUGAGUGCUGUGGAAUGCACUCUGCUCUUCUCAGAUAUUAUCAAGGCAUUCUAUUGGUCAUCUGUCACCUCUGACCUCUAUGAAUAAACAUUACAGAUGUGAGUGGUCAGAGAAUUAUAAGUUGUUAUGAUGAGUGCUAUGGAAUGCACUCUGCUCUUCUCAGAUAUUAUCAUCAUCAAGACAUUCUAAUCUGUCACCUCUGACCUCUAUGCAUCAACAUUGCAGAUGUGAGUGGUCAGGUUACGCGUCUGAGCCGAGUGGUCUUCGAGGUUAAGAAAUGGCACCUAACACAUUUUCACCUGUUCUCUGUUGAUAGCUAAAGCACUCUGAACUUAGUGAAUUAUAAUUAGCCGAGUGAUCUUGGAAUGGAGGCAGGUAGCUCUUCUCUGAUGUCGAUCAUCAUUCAUCAAUGAAUUUGAUUGGUUGUUUGUGAUCUCUGACCUCUA